ACAAGGCCCUGGACGGUAGAGAUGACGCAAACGCGAAUCUAACGGACUAUUGUCUCUGUAACACCAACGUCUUCUGCUCAUCACAUCCGAGUAAAAUGGUCAAAUCCGAAAAUGCUUUAAAUAACCUCAGAAGCAGAGAAUAACCCACAAAGGAGUUUAGCAAAUGGAAGGAGUUCCAGGGAUCAAUACCGUUCCAAAUCCUAACUAUUAUGACAAGGCAAUAGUGCUAGAUGUAAAGCCUCUGCGAACUUUGAAACCUGUUUUUCAAAAUGGUAACCAAGGUCCACCCUUUGUUGGUUGUCCACCUUUUGGCCCAUUUGGAGCACAGCAGCAACCAACGCAAGAUACUCCAGAUCUCAACCAAACCCAAGACACGCCUCUUCCUGCGCUUGUUACACCUCUUCAAUCAUAUAGAGCACCUACAGUAGUAGUAUCAAACGGCCCUAGUAGCUCAAGUGGGACUAAAAGAGGAGUUGGUCGUCCUAAGGGAGCUGCUGCUGUAUCAAACGGCCCUAGUAACUCGAGUGGGACUAAGAGAGGAGCUGGUCGUCCUAAGGGAGCUAGUAACGCGAAGAAAAAGGACAGGACUGUGCUCAGAGAGCCUAGUUUGGCUGUUCAGGUAGUGAAAAGAGAUUUUGACAGCGGGAUCAGUGCAGCGGAGCGAGAAGAUGGAAACGGUGACUUAGUGAGCAGCGUGCUGAUGCGUUUCGACGCUGUUAGGAGGCGGUUAAUCCAAGUAGAGUGUGGAAAGACCGUGACCUCGAAAGCAGCUGGUGUUUUGAUGAGCAAUGGAGUGAGGACAAACAUGAAGAAGAGAGUUGGGACUGUUCCUGGAAUCGAGGUUGGAGAUAUCUUCUUCUCGAGGAUAGAGAUGUGUUUAGUUGGUCUUCACAUGCAGACCAUGGCUGGGAUUGACUAUAUAACAACAAGUAAGGUGGGUGGUGCAGAUGAGGAGGAGCCGUUAGCUACUAGUAUUGUUUCGUCUGGACGUUAUGACGGUGAAGCGCAGGAUCCUGAGUCUUUGAUCUAUAGUGGACAAGGAGGGAAUGCAGACAAGAACGGACAAGCGUCUGAUCAGAAGCUUGAGAGGGGUAACCUGGCGUUAGAGAGAAGCUUGAGGAAAGGGAGUGGAGUGAGAGUGAUAAGAGGGGAAGAGGAUCCAGGUAGUAAAACAGGGAGGAUCUAUAUAUAUGAUGGAGUUUAUUCAAUCUCAGAGUCAUGGGUGGAGAAAGGGAAGUCUGGUUGCAACACUUUUAAGUAUAAACUUGUGAGAGUACCUGGUCAGCCACCUGGGUUUGGCGUCUGGAAAGGUGUUCAUAAGUGGAAGGAAGGUUUGACUGCGAGAACAGGUCUUAUCCUUCCGGAUCUCACUUCAGGUGUUGAAAGCAAACCUGUCUCGCUUGUGAAUGACGUGGAUGAUGAGAAGGGACCUUCUUAUUUUACUUACAUAUCCACUCUCAAACACUCUAAACGAACUCAGCAGCCCACAAGUGGUUGCUCCUGUCAUGGCUCAUGUGCACCGGGGAAUCUUGACUGCUCUUGCAUCAGAAAGAACGGCGGUGACCUACCUUACCUUAACGGUGUGAUGCUUGUUUCUCGGAGGCCAAUGGUAUAUGAAUGUGGCACAACCUGUCCAUGUCACGCCACUUGCAAAAACAAAGUGAUUCAGACGGGGCUGAAGUUCCGCCUGGAAGUGUUCAAGACAGCCAAUCUUGGUUGGGGUUUACGUUCUUGGGAUCCCAUCCGAGCUGGCUCUUUCAUAUGUGAAUACGCUGGCGAGGUCAUAGAGAGAGGCGACCUUAGAAUGGACCAAGAAGAUGAUGAGUUUGUUUUCGACGCGUCACGUGUUUAUAAUAACUCGUUUAAGUGGAACUACGAGCCUGCAUUGGUAGAUGAAGACCCUUCAGAUGAAACCCCGGAGGAGUUCAAUCUCCCAUCACCACUUCUGAUCAAUGCCAAGAGUUUUGGAAACGUAGCUCGGUUCAUGAACCAUAGCUGCUCCCCUAACGUUCUGUGGCAGCCAGUUGUUUGUGAAGGAAACGGUGAAUCGGUUGUCCACAUUGCUUUCUUUGCCAUACGUCACAUUCCACCGAUGGCUGAGUUGACUUAUGACUAUGGAGUUUCCUCCCUUACGUCCGAGACCAGAGAUGUGAGCCGCCUUUUACAUGGAAAGAGGGAAUGCUUAUGUGGUUCUGUGAAAUGCCGUGGCUCAUUCGGAUAGUCUUGUUAAAAUGGCAGAAGAUCUGUCAACGUGUGUGGCAAAGGCUGCUUUGAAGACUGUGUAUGCAUUUGCAUGUUCUGUGGGCAAUGCAUACACAUGUAAUGUACUAAAUGUAUUUGUAUCAGCACCACAACUGGCCAUGCUCAUGGGUUUGGUAAGAAAAUAAACUCUAUAGAGUGAUUGAGUUAUGCUUUUUAAGCUUUGUCUGACAACUUAUCAGUAGACCUUAAGAAAGAAAGAAAAAAUCAUGAAUGUAUGUUUGGUAGGGUAUUAUUAAUCGUCAAUGUUCUUCAUGUACU